GGGAUUGGUCCACAUGACUGUUGGAAAAGGAAGUGUUUCGGUCGUCAAGUGAACGUUUCUCGGCACACCAGUCGGACUUGUGAACACGCCAGUAAGCAUGGCACUCCGGGCAGCUAGUAACCGCUUACUGUAUUUCCAGAGGACAUGUUUUAAGGUCAAUGCCCUUGAAACUCUCCAGGCUGUCAGAUUCAAGGCAACCUGUCCUGUUGAAGUGAGCCAUCUAGAUCAUUUGGUGUUGACGGUAAAAAGUGUGCCAGAUACAAUCAACUUUUAUACAUCAGUUCUUGGUAUGGAGGUUGUCACUUUUAAGGGGAAUCGUAAAGCUCUGGGUUUUGGGAAACAAAAGUUUAACCUUCACCAGUUGGGCAAAGAGUUUGAACCAAAAGCUAAACAUCCAACUUCAGGCUCUGCAGACCUGUGUCUCAUCACCAAAACCCCUCUGACUGCAGUAGCUGCUCAUCUGAAGGUUUGUGGUGUUGAAAUUGAAGAGGGACCAGUGCAGAGGAGUGGAGCUGUGGGGCCCAUCACCUCCCUUUACUUCAGAGAUCCAGACCACAAUCUCAUUGAAGUGUCAAACUACAGCCAGUCAGCACCAGACGGCUCCUCUUGAACCUUCUAUUGACCCACCUCUUUAGAGUUGCUUUUGAUACAUUAUAAAUGAAGCAAUUAACAUGUUGAUGUGUAACAACGGCACUUGACAAAAUGUAAUGCUUCAAUUGUUGACUGUGUGUUCUAUGACUUUGUAUUUUUGUGUUUCUAUGAUGUAAAGCACUUUGAACUGCCUU